AUGUUCUCCUGUGCUCUUGACAAGCAAGUCAAAUGCUGGGACCUGGAGCAGAACAAGGUAUGGGGGCUCGCAGGGCUGGGUGACAUUUGCCGGGUGUGGGACAUUCGGAGCAAGGUCCAGAUCCACUGCCUGUCGGGCCACGAAGACACUGUUUCUGCCAUCCUCGGCCAGCCCACGGACCCCCAGGUCAUCACCGCUUCCCACGAUAAGACCAUCCGGUUGUGGGAUCUGCGAACCGGCAAGACGCUAUCGACCCUGACCUACCAUAAAAAGGCCGUGCGUGGUCUGACUGCCCACCCAACCGAGCACACAUUUGCAUCGGGUGGGGCCGACAACAUCAAGAAGUUCAAGCUGCCACGGGGAGAGUUCCUGCACAACACCCUCCAACAGCAGCGGGCAAUCAUCAAUUGCCUGGCGGUGAACGAGGACGGGGUGCUUGUGUCUGGUGCAGACAACGGCUCAAUUUGGUUCUGGGACUGGAAGUCUGGCAACGCCUUUCAGCAGCAGGAGACAGUGGCCCAACCGGGAUCCUUGGAGAGUGAACAAGGCAUUUAUGCCAUGGCAUUUGACAAGACUGGUUCUCGCCUGGUGACAUGCGAGGCUGACAAGACCGUGAAGAUGUGGAAGGAGGAUUUCACGGCCACUCCAGAGUCGCAUCCCGUAAACUUUAAGCCUCCCAAGGACAUCCGACGAUUCUAG